CGUAAAGCCGUGCGCCGUAUUCCAGUUGGUGUUGUUGUGAGGAGCUGCACUAGAAGAAGGAUGUGGAUGUUCAAACUCAAUAUUUUGGCAUUUUUGUUAGUUUUUGUGGGAAAACAUAACACAUUUGCUCUUCAGGAUGUAACGGCCGACCUUUUCGGUGCCGAAAAUUACGGGACGGUGGCAGCGUUUGGAGACUUUUACGCGGAUAAGCAGACUGACAUCUUCAUCAUCAGAGAGCAAUCUGAACUGCUGAUAUUCUUGGCUGACUCGAAAACCCCUUACUUCAAGCCCAAAGUUAACAUCACGAAGGAUAUUCUCCCAAGGGACACGGUCAUCACCAGUGUGGUUCCAGGGGACUAUGAUGGAGACUCUCAGAUGGAUGUCCUUCUUACAGCACAGAUCCAGAAGUCCAAGAGCACAACUGUUCUCAUAUUUUGGGGGAACAACCAGACAUUAGAUAUGAGUGGGUGGCUCAGGCUGAACAAGACCUUUACAGAUCAACCCCUUGUUAUGGAUUUCAACGGGGACAUGAUCCCAGACAUAUUUGGAGUCGUCAACCCCCCAUUCACCGAAGUGUGCUAUCUCACCAACAGGAUUCCAGUGUGGCGGAAUGCACUAAGUUCAUCUGUCAAUAUGCGCGUCCCUCACUCUAACGCUUUCAUUGACCUCAACAAGGACUUCACCGCUGAUUUGUUCCUGACAACUGAAGGGCCCAGGUUUGAGUUUUGGAUCAGCAAGGACGGGAACUUCACCAGAAGUGAAGUCAUGCCAGCAGAACCACCACCAGACACAACUGUUGGACAGUCCUCCUUUGUCGACUUUGAUGGUGAUGGCGACCAGGACCACCUCCUCCCCGUGUGUUUGGAUGCUGCCUGUCAACGCAGUGCCAUCUACCUGGCCAAGUCAGGCUCCAAAGAGUGGGUAACAGUGCUGUCAGAUUUCCAGUGGAAGGGAACGGUUUGGAGCUUUGUGCCAGGGAAACCCAGCCAACCCCUGGCCCUGCACUUCGGGGACUACAACCUGGACGGCUUCCCUGAUGCCCUGGUUGUCCUCCGCAACACCAGUGGCGGUGGUCAGCAGGCCUUUCUGUUGGAGAACGUGCCCUGUAGCAACGCCAGUUGCCAGAGUGUAGGAAGGAUGUUCCACAUCCACUGGGACCAAUCAGAUCUGGGAGCCAUCCAAAAUGCCAUCAUGGCAACAUUCUUUGACAUCUAUGAGGACGGUAUAUUAGACAUGCUGGUUCUCAGCCAGGCAGAGGGCAAAAACGACUUGAUCAUCCAUGCUUUGAAGAACAAUUUUGAAGCGGAUGCCUACUUCGUUAAAGUGAUGGUGCUCAGCGGCCUCUGCUUCAAUGACUGUCCAGAAGAUGUCAAGCCUUUUGGUGUUAACCAGCCAGGUCCCUAUGUCAUGUACACCACAACAGACUCCAACGGCUACCUGAAAAACGCCUCAGCCGGUCAGUUGAGCCAGUCGGCUCACUUCUCCCUCCAGCUGCCCUACACUGUGCUGGGCCUCGGACGCAGCGCCAACUUCUUGGACCACCUUUUCGUCGGCAUCCCCCGGCAGCCUGGAGAGACGGAAAUAAGGAAGAAGGAGUGGACGGCCAUCAUUCCCAACUCUCAGCUCAUCGUCAUCCCCUUCCCACACAAUAAGCCCCGCAGUUGGAGCGCUAAGUUGUACCUGACUCCUAGCAACAGUGUGUUGCUGACGGCCAUCGCAUUGAUCGGAGUGUGCGUCUUCAUCCUCGUCAUCAUUGGCAUCCUCCACUGGCAAGAGAAGAAAGCGGACGAUCGCGAGAAGAGACAGGAAGCCCACCGUUUCCAUUUCGAUGCCAUGUGAAGGAAGAAAGUUGCAUGAUGGGAGAACACCCUCUCCUGUCCUCCUCCGCCUAAGCCUCACCCUCUUUUCCCCUUCACACACACAUUUUCACUCAGUCUCAUUUCAAGGGCCAAUAAAUGGAUCCUCAUUUGCCCCAAAACGUUUCUUUUUGAUAUUUUCUCCAGUCCCUCAGACAGAUGUGAAAUAUUGAUGUUCCAUUUCAUUUAUUCAUUCCUGUGUUAGAAGUACAGGAGCUGCAACAAGGCCAUGGAGACACAGACAUCCUAAUGGAGAUCACUGAUUACUUUAAAGCAGGGAUUUCUUGGGACUGGCAGCAUGAUCAUCAGUGGUGUUAUUAGAGUAUUAUUUUGACCAAAUUAUACAGGUUUCUGUUGAUACACCCAACAAGUUAGUCCAAAAUUGCAAGCUGUUUAUUCACUGGAAGGGAAGCACCUUUGGUACCGAGUGUUAAAAUGUGUAAUGUUACUUGAAAUCCAUGUGUAUGUUACUGUCCAUUGUCUUUGUCUACUUGUUUUGCCUCUGUUGUUUUCAUUUAACUGAGAUAUGGGGAAUAAAUGGUGCAAGUGGUGCAAAGUGAACAAAACGGACACAUGCAACAUCAUGAUUCUGAGAAACAUUUUUCUGCUACCAAUCUCAACAAAAAUGAUGAAUUGCCUUCGGGUCGGCCGAAUGUGAAUUCAUCUUUUCUCAGUUGAUCUAAUCACAGUGCAUCGUGUGAGUGCCAAAAAAGGUUUUCUGUGUUGCAUCCUGCAAAUUUCUAAUGCUACUGCAUCAAGGCUCAGCACACAGGCUAAAAGACUUUUGAGUUUUUAAAUUUUGAACUGCUGAAUAAGGCACAGUUUACUCCAGCUGUAGUUGUCAUUUUUGUUGUCUUUUUAAAGUUAAUCAGGCCAAGCGCUUUAGUGUGUUCAGAUAUUUAUUUCACAAGAAUGAGCUCAUGCCUUUCCAAGUGGUUUGCACUUUUAACUAAUGAUUAACUGCAGGUGUAUGUAAUGUAUUUUGUUUUGCGGAUUUGAUUUGUAAAUGAAUGUUCAGACUACUAAAUGUGUUUACUUACUGAGGUUGAGAAUAAAGGUUUCUCCUGCUUAAAUCAA